GAUUGUUCAACCAGAAAAGAUGUAGAUUGGCCAUACACUAGAGAUGAUGCAGGCUACAGUAUUUUUGGCUGCUUUCCUCUACUUCGCCAUGUGUGGAGCAAAUAUUGUUCAAGACCGCGACUACUGGUACGAGAUGGGUCGGGCCGCGGUUCUGAGAAGGGCCGGGAGCAGGACGGGCGAGAGGUUCGCCAGGGCGAAGAACGUCGUCUUUCUAGUCGCUGACGGACUCGGCGUCACGACGAACACGGCAGCCCGCGUUUACAAAGGACAGAAACACGGUGCAACCGGGGAAGAAGCCAGUCUCGCCUGGGACAACUUUCCAGCACUCGCUAUGACCAAGACGUACAAUUUGGACGCCCAGAUCGGCGAGUCGUCGGCUUGUGCGACAGCCCUCCUUUGCGGUGUGAAAGCCAAUUUCGAGACUGUCGGCCUGGACGUGAACGGCCGCUUCGGCAACUGCGCCUCCAGCCUCAAGUCGCGGGUGGACUCCCUCAUCGCUUGGGCCCAGCAGGAAGGAAAAGCAACCGGUUUGGUGACGAAUACUCGAGUGACUCAUGCUACUCCUGCUGCGGCCUAUGCUCAUUCGGCCUCCAGGUACUGGGAGGACGACGCCAAAAUUCCUCCACAGUCGAGAAGGUCCUGCAAGGACAUCGCAAGACAACUUGUCGAAGACGAGCCAGGAAGAAAUAUAAACGUGGUUUUUGGAGGUGGGAGGCGUCACUGGAUGCCCAAAGUGGCCAACGAUCCUGAACAAGAGAAAGAAGAAGGAAGAAGGCUAGACGGAAGAAACCUGAUCGAAGAUUGGCUUAGGGACAAAAAGCGCCGUGGCAUUAGAGCCCAGUACGUCUGGAACAAAGAACAAAUGGACAAAGUCGAUCCGAAAAGCGUUGAUCACAUCUUAGGUCUCUUUGCCUAUUCGCACAUGGACUUCGAGGCUGAUCGUGACAAAAGUCCAAAGGGCGAUCCCUCUCUAGCAGAGAUGACCAAAAAGGCACUGAGCAUCCUGCAGAAAAACUCCAAAGGAUUUUUCUUGCUCGUGGAAAGUGGCCGUAUUGACCAUGCACACCACUAUAACAAUCCGUUCCGAGCCUUGGACGAAACUUUGGUUUUGGAGGAGGCCCUGCUCUCAGUUUUGGAGUCGGUCGAUCAGUCGGAAACUCUCAUCGUCGUCACUUCCGACCACUCCCACGUCCUGACAAUGGGCGGGCUGGCCACCCCGAGGGGCAACCCAAUUUUCGGAACGGAUACCAAGGUUUCGGACGUUGACGGGCUGCCUUACUGGACAUUGCUUUAUGGAAACGGCCCCGGCUACACUUCACCGAGGGCUGUCCCCGCCAACUUGACAGGUGCUGAGAAGAAUUCAGUGCAUAGCUCUGCAGUGCCACGUCAAUGGGCUACACACGGCGGAGAGGAUGUGCCAGUUAUGGCACAGGGUCCGCUUGACACCGCUCUUUUCUCGGGCACUAUGGACCAGACCGUCAUCGCCCAUGCCAUUGCCUACGCAGCGUGCUACAACAAUUACACGUACCGUUGCAACGUCAACUUCACGACGCCUCAAGUGGCAAAGACGCAGAACUGUCCGCCCGAGGAAAACAGUGUUACAAAGGGUAAAGCGAGAGGAGGAAGAGGCGGAAUCGUGUUGGCGAGUUCUGUGAUGUCAGAGGACGGAUCAGCACCCGCGUCUGCCAGCAGUGGUGCCAGGCUGCUCACGUCGGCGGGCGCCCUUUUCUUGAUGCUGACAGCAAUCACCUGACCUCUCCGCCAUCUGCGUAAUCAGCAGACGGGACCGGUUGCGUAAACCGUGAAGACGAAUCGCCUACGAUAUGUAUCUUAGAUUCCAUAAUAUCCGAGAGGAGGCGACUUUGGGUCUCAGAUAAAUUUCCUACCCGUGCGGAUACAUAUCAAAAAAACCUUGUUUCUUGUAAAUAUUGUGUAUAUUAACAACGAACUCUUGAGAUUAAGGGGAUCUGUAUAUAUACAUAGACGACUUAAUUAGGCCCGAGACCCAGUUAAAAGACGUUUUGGUCAUUCCCUCUUUUUUUAUAGAUGUAAUUUGUCAAAGGGUGGAUUUCAAUCCUAGCAGAGCGGCCAUGCACGGCUCAAAGCUCCACUUUUUUAAGUCCACCCUCAUUUAUAGUCCAUUUCUGAGAUUUUAUUCAAAUCAAUCCUCUUACUUUUCCCUUUGAAUCUCAUUCUUUCCAUCCUGCUGAAAUUAUUACAUAUUUUAAUGUCUCAAUGUUUAAUAAUUUAGGAUCAUUUGUUUCAACCAUAUCGAUCAAGUUCAAAAGUAUUAUUGGAGCGUCCUGAAUUUGAAUGUUUUUAUUUUAAUUAAUUUAUCUUUAUGAAAGGUUGAGAUUAAAAAGUCAUAAAAGUGUC